GACGGACACAGAGGCGGACAUGUCCAGCAUGGGGUCCCGACCCGCCAGCCGCCAGGUGUCCUGUGACAUCAGCAGAGACACCACGGAGUUACCUGAGUUCCAGCCCAGCGCCAGCUUCAGGUCCAAGAUGAAGAGCCACGACUCGGGCAUCUUCGAAAAGACGUCCUAUGACACUGAUUUCUCCGCGGCGGGGGUCAGUGAACGCACCGCCGUCCCAAACACCAAAGUUGCAGAGGCCCACGGACGGAGGAGCACGAUUGGUCGGAUCCCGAGCAUCGUCGUCACCACUGAGUCCAGCCCCUUCCUUCCCAUUGGACGAAAGGGCUCCACCGCCCGGCCGACGGCGGCCAAUCACAGCAGCACGGGGGCGGGGUCUGGGUAGAGAGCCUUCAGCUCAGAAACAAACAGAAUCAGUCACUGCAGAUUUGAGUCGCGCAUGCGUCACUUUACGCAACUAGUUAGCAUUUAGGAUGCUAACGAGAAGCUAACGAUACUUCUGUAGCGUCUGAAGUAGCCUCCGGGAUGCU